AUGGGAGAUACCUGGAUUGCUUGCAGUGACAUAUCAGAUGCCCGAGCCCAAGCCCGAUCUUCCAUCCUUGCCGGGAACAACGACAUUUUUCAGCCUUAUGAACCUCUUCGCCCCUUCGAUGUUGAUAAUCGCAGCGGUGAGGGUAAAACGCCUACACGGACCACAUCGACAACACCGGCACUGAUCAAGUAUGAUGAUCGCCCUCAGAAAAGAGGCUUCGUGUGGCAGAAGACGUUCUGGAUCCAGGUGUUACGCGAUGUGCAGAACUCCAAGUUCGGAUGGCUUGGUCGACAAUUCUUCUCGCAUCUCCUUCCGUUGCUUUCGAUACUACUCCUACUCGUACUGCUUAUUCUGAUGUCAAGCCUGCCCGGAAUCUUCUUUACCGAGGAAGACGGAGGCUGCACGCCCGAUGGAGACUUCGAGCUGUCACUUGACAACCUGCAUUAUACACCUUGGACCCGGAGCUCCUUUUUUGCUGUCAACAUCAAGUUCGGCAGCUAUUCGUUCGGCAUUGCCAAACUCAUCGAUGUUUCAUGGGACGUGGGAGUCGGCCGUGGUGGUCAGGCAUUUCUCGCCUGGAUUUCGUAUUCCGUCUUCACCAAAGCUAUCAGCUACCUGAUGGAGAGGUCAUCACUUCACCAUCACACCUUCAAGGCCGUGACCCUACAGAACGACACAGUCGCGGGUAUGGCAAACCUCGCAAAGGGUCUGUGGAGUACAAAGGGAUCUCGCGGAAAGGCAACCAUCCUCUGGAUCAUAUUCGCCGGUGCAUUUGUCUUGCUGACGCCUACGUGGGUUAGCGCCAUGACCGGAUACACCGCUGCUGUAGUGUUAUUUGUCCAGGACAGGGACUCCCUCCUGGUCCCAGCCACAAAUUUCAAGCCAGUGGUGUACACUGUGCAUGAUGGCUCGCGGCUAGGAGACGGCUUCAUCGAUGAAACUAGGAUUGCUCUUUCGUUUGAUGGCGACGCCAUGCUGUCUUAUCAGAACAUCUAUUCUUGCAGCCCCUAUGGGGUCGAUGAUGUGGAUGCGGCUAGCGGACGAAUUAUAUUUCGUUCAUCCACCACGAAUGAAUGCAAAUGGAUGUGGGCGGUAUCCAAGUACGUUGCCGAGUACGGCUUGCUCGGGAAAUACUACGGCCUGCUGGGCGCGUCCAACACCACAUUCCAGCAACCUGACGAUUCCAGCAACACCACGACGGCGAUCCAGCUCAAUCCGGCCUUGAAUAUCUCGGCUCAUUUCGCUGCAAGCCUGGCCCAAAUGCAGCAAGCCGGCUACUCGGAGGACGAUUGGGACCGGAUGCCAAGCGGGCACUCAUGGGUAGACCGAGACACUGGCAGCAAAGUCUUCGACGUCGCGAAUCCAUUGUUUUGGGAGAGCCAAUCUCAAACCAUCUACGACGAAGCCGACUUCAACGACGCCAGCAGCUGCCAGCAACGCGGCGAAGUCAAAUACCAAUGGGGCUUCUCCUUCCUCCUGCUCUACGCCUACGUCGUCGCCGCCCUCGUGUGGGCCAUCGGAAUGUACGCUUUGCACCUCAACUCCUGGCUGCAUUCCCACCCGGAACUUCUGAAGCGUCACAUGGGCAUCGAACGCGCCGUCCUCGACAUGUCGCAAGCGAUGAAAGAACCCCUCGUCGAUCUCGAUCCAGACAAAGUCCGUCUGCACGCAAACUCCAAGCUGCAAACCCUCAGCAAGAAUGUUCAGCUCACGUACGCCGACCUCUGCCCGACGGACGACGCAACCAACUGGGCCAGGGUCAGACGGUGGCGGAAGACCUUCAGCUUCAAGCAAUGGCUGAAAGACGAGAUAUGGUGGCUGCUGGCGGCCGUCUUCUUCGACAUCAUGGUGAUCCUGAGCUGGUGCAGCUACACGAUGUACUGGGACUCGCUUGUCUGGGUGGCCUGGAGCCCGUAUUAUAGUUUCAUUCCCGGUUUCGGCGUCUUUCUCGUGCUGCUUGUUGGCCGGGAGGUGAAGAGGCGGUGGCUCCUGGCGCUGCCUUUCCUCAUAACGUUCCUUGUCCUGGAUGCGAUGUGGGUGGACGCGAGGUUCCGGAAUCCUGGAUGA